CAACCGAAACAUUCAAGCCAAAUUCAUCUGCAAUACUUCCUUAUUACUUGCAAGAACAAAUAUCAAUUUCAUUUCUGUAUUAUUGUACUUUAUAAGAAGAAAUUUAGGAGAAAAUGGGAAUUACGAAUUCAAUUCCCCAAGAAACAGCAAACCCAACUAGUAAAGGGUCAGAAUCACGCAUCAAAGAAGUCCGUAACAAGGAUGAUUGGAAGGCCUAUUACAACAAUCACAAGGAUCAAGACAAGCUGGUGGUGAUCGAUUUCACGGCUACAUGGUGCGGACCUUGUCGAUCUAUGGAGCCAGCUCUCGCAGAGCUCUGUAAAUUAUUCACCGACGUUGAGUUUGUCAAAAUUGACGUGGAUGAACUUCAGGAUGUAGCUGCUGAAUAUGGGGUCCAGGCAAUGCCUACGUUUUUGCUGAUGAAGAAAGGGAGCCAAGUUGAUAGGGUGGUGGGAGCUAGGAAAGAUGAGUUAAAGAAGAAGAUUGAGAACCACCACCGUUCUAAGUAAUUACGUUUCCCGAUCGAGAAGAACAACACAAAAUAUUAAUAAUCCCAAGUUUAUAUAAACUGGAACCCUUAUUUAUUUUGGCAAUUUAAUUUUGUUUUGCAUCUUCAUGCGCGUGGGUGCUUAACAUUUUGAUUUAUAAUAUAUACUUUUAUAUUUAUACACUAUACAUAUAUAUAUAUAUGCUCAUUGUACUAAUGAAAUAUCGUAUUUCCUGCUCAAUUAAUAAAGCCAAUUUUUAGCAUAUGAAA